CAAAGGAAACUCGUUGUCAAUGAACUACGAACAUUGUGAAAUAAUUUAUUUGUGUUUGGUAUGAAUUGUUAUUUUUUGCUAUAUCAUGGUAGGUCGGCGUUUGCGAAUACAUAGCAAAUGUUAUUUUUCAAUUUUUUAUGGUUAUUUUAUCUAAUGGUGCUCGUUAACGGCUACACUAUAUCUAAAAGUGACGCGAAUGAAGACUCGACCAGGGACUUUGUGGACAAGCUGCGGGAGGAGGAGUGCGCGGGGAGACCAGCCCGGCCGCGGCGGCACCGGCCGCUGCCAGCCCGGCCGCUGCGCUCGCCGCCGCCGCCCAAGCCCACCGCCGCGACCACGGACUCUCCGAACGUUACCUCAACUAUAUCCUCUAGAUUUCAAAACUUCUGGAGGAGAUUCCACAAUAGAAACAAGAUACAAACGAGAGACAAACGCAAACAUUUUAAACGCCUUAGAUUCGAGAUGCAGACGACGCCUGCCUUGAGUGAUAGUUUUGGUGAAGAUGAAAUUAGCCUCAACGAAAAAAGCAAGCGAGAAGCGUCGACAUUAUUAGGUGAUUUCUUUAAGCACCCAAAAGACUUUUUCUCUAAAACGAAAAACAAUCCGUUGAAAUAUUUUAAUAAGACCUGCUUUUCAAUGUCCACGCCAGCAUCGAAGGAACGUUCAAGCAUAAUGAAUACGGCAUUGAUUACAAAAUCGACAAUCAGCAGUACUGUCGCGAUUCCGACAAUCAGAAGUCUUGUUGAGAAUCCGACACGCAGCAGUCUUGUGGCGACCACUAAAACGACUUUCCCUGCAAGUCCGGGGAAUGCUGAGUCUAAUUCAAGUAGGAAGAUGCCAAACAUAACCACAUUGGAUUGGGGCACGGCGCAGCUUGAGACGCUUCUGGAUAACAUUAAGUCGCGGGCGUUGCAGAUCCUCGUGGACCAGAACCCGAAGGUGACUAGUCUCGUCACAACGUCCGUGAAUGCGAUCAGCUUCGAUGUGGAUCCCAACCUUCACCAUGUCGAAGGAAACUCGGCAGCGACCCACUCGGAGAUGAGAAUCCGAAAUGCGAUAAUGUCAAAUCUUACACGAUACACCGAAGCCACGCACAAAAUUGUCAGACGAUCUACAACUGAAGAAAUUUACACGAUAGCCCAAACGGUAGAAGAUUGCCUGCAACAAGAAAUUAAAAAUGUGUACAAAAAGCUUAAAAACAAGGUGUGUCAACAUAGUCAAAGUAAAGUGUGCACCAAACCGACGACUUGUAGUGAAGAUAAAUCAGAUAAAUGUGUUAUAUGUGAUAACGCCGCGGCCGCUCCCCCAUCGAAGCCUGAUAAAACAAAGACAACUACUACGGAUUUGAAAACAUUACCAUUUAAUGAUUUAAAAACGAAUGAAAUAAAAACGUCGAAUAUCACAACAAAAACACCUCAUAAAAAGAAACAUAAACAUAAAAAACAUAAAUCUCACACCAAACCUGUGACUAAUACAAAAGCUAGUAUUGCUGCUUCACCUACCAAUCCUGUCGUUCCUGCCAACCCUACACUUGCUACCUUUUCUGGGCAGACAAUCCUCCACUCAACACCGAAACCUAAUAAAAAAAAGACCACUAAAAAAAGACUACACACCAAAACAACGAAAACCACAAAAACUACUAAAACCACCAAAACCACCGUCGCAAAUAAAAAUAAUAAUAAUAUGGAAAAAUCAUUGCACCAUCGCGCAAUCAAACCCUCAAAAUUUCGCAAAAAGAAAAAAAAGGUGAAAUCGUCUCGACCGCCGAGCACCGCUACCACUAACGUCGAUGACGUCACACUUCUUGGCUUGCUCGAGCAAAUGUUGGCCAAAACCAACGAAGACAACGUGUUGAGAUUACUUACAACACCUUACUUUCUCCAUCCUAAGGCAAAUUUGGACAGACUUUCAAAAAGAAACAUUGAGACUUUGUCGGACUGGAAGUUGAAGGAACAGGUGCACGACUACAGCGAGCUGCUGCCCGUGAUGGACUACUCGUACUCGUACGAUGCACAAGACGAUGUAACCACAACCACUCCCUUCUUAGACACACAGACUGUUAACUUUGAAAGCAUUAGUGAAAAAAUAUCGUACAAUGAUUAUGUUAACGGAUAUAAAUAUUACUUAAAAUACCAAAAGGAGAUGGAUUUAGAUGACGAGAAGUUCUCUCCGAUGGUGCGGUACCAGGCGCACAGACACCACAAGGUGGACGACAUCGGCAAGUUCAUCCUGCGCAAGUUGCCGCAAGUACGCAUCGCGAGGAAUAUUCUCGACGAAAUCGAUAUUGAAGAUCAAGAUGUCUCUACCAAAAGUGAAGAGUCUUGGUUCAGAAAGCACUUCUAUUUGUUUGUGGAUAGCACCCCGAGAAAGUUUCACACAUCUGAAACGGUAGCUUUGAAGUCAGGGCAGAUGAGGUCUUCACAUAUUGAGCAUCCGAAACCAGCAGAGAUGUCAGAGUCUCCGUUCUCGGAUCACCACCAACUGGCACGAGUGGAGCACCGCCAGGAAGCACCCGUCAACCUCGAUCAACUCGCGCGGAACCUAGAACAUUACAAGAAUGCCAUCGCAACUUCAUCUGUGACUCCAAUAGUUUCAAAUUUAAUGGACGAGUUGGAAAAAAAAUCGGUUAUACCAGCUGAGAACGGUUUCAUUAUAAAAAUGAUCGACAUACUUCUUGGGGGCAGAGAAGGUCACGCGCCUAGGAAAAGAAAAGAAAAGAUGACGUAUGACCAAGUUGAACAAAGACUAAAGAGGGACGCACAGCCGGCCAACCAGAAGGAAACCGAUUUGAGAUCUACGACGCCAAUGAGAGCCGCCAUUAAGCCUAAUAAUGAACACAAAGAUAAAUUGAGCAAACUCGGUAUAGUACAAAUGGUUGCACAACCCACGACGGUGGUCAAAAUACAAGGCAAGAAAGAAAAUAGGUUCAAAACCUUUAUGAAAAAAUUUAAAUUUAGAAAAGAUAAAAGAAAUAAAGCAAAACGAAAAAUAAACAGAAACAGAAGAUUCGUGCCUUUUAAAAGGUUAAAGGAAAUGUUCUUAGGCAGUUCUCCCGAAAGGAAGAUGAUGAAUGACGAAAUUAAAUCAGUGAGUGACUACGACUUAUUAACGUCAGAAAUAGAUACAUUCAAGGCGAUGAAAUUCGACCGCAUGCCCAGAAUUGAAGAAAUGCGCAAAGAAAUAGCUAACAUUUCUGACGAAUUCUUAAUGGACUUUAAUUACACCGCCCGACCAGCCGCCCACACCACCCCUAUGGCCGGGGACGGCAGCGAUCAGGUCUCCAUGGGAAACGUCUUGGGAAAUGAUAAGGACAAUACUCCGGAAAGUGCUGACAUCCUUGAUAUGAAUAACGUUAGUGAUAUGGCUAGUAUUAGCACCGACGUCAAGAAAAUGACUAUUACACAACUUGAAAAUUAUCUUUUUGGCAAAACUUCACCAAAGGUGUAUGGUAAUUCUGUGAAAGGAUUUUCACAACAACCGCCAAAUAGUAAUUCUAUGCAAAGUACUUCUACAGAGGGACUAUUCAAUAAUAUCCCUGUGGAAGGUUAUUCCCAACAAAAUAAUAGUCAAAUGAAAAUUUCAACGGAAAGACCAUUUUAUAGUAGUUCUGUAAAAGGUUCUUCAGAGCAGCGACUGUUGAACGACAAUUCCAUGAAAAGUACUACACCAGGAGGCUUGCAAGAUAUGUCCAGCACGAAAUUGUCAAAAAUUCUUGAGAAAGUUAUUACUGAUGCUCUAAGUAAUCAAAAAGCUAAGGAUCAAUCGGCCGAGGAACUAUCUACAACAAUGAGCACUGAACCUACUGAGGAGGACAUAAUAAACACUCUCCCGGAAAACUCACUGGACAUAGUUCGAGACGAAGUGGACAAGCUUCAAAACAAGCUUAUCAUAUACGACUCUCUUGAUCGAUUCAAAUCUUCGUCACCACAUGGAAGCAAAUCCAAAAAUGUGAAAUCCAAUGCCAAAGCAGGCAAUAGCAGAGUAGUCGUGCCGCAACGAAUAACUAAAGUCAUGUUCCGCCCCGUUCCGCCCAAAAAACAUUUCAAUCAAACAGUUACCACUAAUACUAAUGGAAAGAAAAAAAUUGCAAGGUCAGUGUUGUUUAGGAAACAUCCUAAAAUUGAGACGACCAACGUGGAAAACUCAAUCGAAUUUCCACAUGUACAGAAUUACGAUGCAAAAUAUACGAAAAACUCUAUACCAUUUAAUUCCAAUAAUAGAAAUUCGAAAUUUGUCACUAAUAAAAAGAAGCACGCUCCAAGUCGUAGCUACAAGUCAAUGGCAAGAAUCAGCAAGUAUUCCGUAAGUCCGGAUCACUACGGGGACCUGCUGUUGUGGCACGGUGACAUUCUGCACGCGGACACCGUCACAAAGAAUAACUACUUGUUGGAUAACGUCCUGCAGUACACUACCCCCAGCGCGGCUCAGCUAGCAAAUGAGGUGCAGGACAUUAAACGGUUCAUACAGCUCAUGUCUAGCUCACCUGGAAACCAUCUAGGUACUACAGAACACUCAACAUUUAGCAUAGACAAUGCGAAAGAUCAUUAUUUAGUAGGCGAAAAUGAAGUAGUUGACCUAAAUAUUCCAAAAAUUGACACAACCACAAUUCAGUCCACGACAGAGGUAUUACAGACAACGCCUGUCGCACUCACUGAAAACGAAAUUGUAUUCUUGGGAAAAGCACAAUAUUUAUCAAUCAGCAAAGGUGAAAACUUUGAUUUAGAAGCUGAGAUAAGUAGCUCUGAAUUGCCAGAUAUCAAAAAUACGGAAUGCAAAUUUACAUCGAUAGCUCACAAAUACUCAAGAUUAAGUUCUUAUUCUAACUGGACCGACUUGCGCCCAUCGCUUCUGAAUACGAACAUGCUUCGUACGCACACGAAAGCUUGGAUGAAACGCACAAAUAUAAGUAGCACAAAAAAACUUCUCUAUUCGUUAUUUACCCCAGAUAAAAAACUUAAAGCCACGUCAAAGAAAGCCCGAGCACAAAAAACGCAGUCAUUUACACCAACAUCAAAGAUGAACCGAGCUCCUAUACAAUACUUCACUACUCCGAUGCCGAUGGACUCUCGUGACUUCCAAGAAUUCCUCAAAGAGUCCCAACUGGACGUAGGCUCCGUGACAGCACCCAUCGCUGAUGUAGACUCCGUGUCGACUGCCAAUAAACUAAGCAUACCAGAUUUACCAGUUUCUACUAACAACAAUAUUACUCUAAAAGACAUUCCUAAAAUAGCCGAUUUUAGUAACACAACAACUUUACCAGAUAUGGAUUCUUUAGCAAGUGUAAUUAAAAAGUUAAAAGCAAAUGCUGAUCACGUGCCUCCAGCAGCUGUCAAGGUCUUAAAACUAGCUAAUUUCACUGGAUUCACAAAUAACCUAUUAGUAACAGAAAGAACAGGUCAUAUUGGAAAAAGAGAGAAAAAAAUAAAGCAACGUGGAAUAUUAUUCGGUAAAAAAAGAAAAGAUUCAGAGAGCGAUGAAGAAGAAGAUACAGAAAGGGGUACUGAUGUAACAGACGACGACGGUAAUGUGACAGAAUCUGACGAGCAUGAGUACGGGUAUACAGGCUCUAAUGAGAUGCCACAUCAAGAAAUAACAAUGAUGGAGAUGCCAAAACACAACAAUUUGUUGUAUUUAUUUAUUCCUGGAAACGAUAGUGGAUCGCCGAAGGCAUCGACGACGUCGAAACUUUUCCCGACCUCCUCAUCGAUAAUUACAUCAGAGACGUCACCAAUAGAGACGUCAUCACUAGAGGCGUCAUCAAUAGAGGAGUCAACAAUAGAGACGUCGUCAGUAGAGACGUCGCCCAUAGAGACGUCACCGAUAAUUACACCAACGCCGAAGGCACCAACGCAGACGUUAUCAACACCAAUGUCUCCAACACAAACGUCGCCAACACAGAAUGAGUCGACUCAGGCACCAAUCACGAUGGGUCUAGCGCGGCAACAAACUGCAGACAAACUGUUGAAACAAUUGGGCCUCAAACAAAAGAGUCCGAAGAGAGUACGCAUCAGCUAUCACUAUGACAUAGUUUAUGAGAAUAGACCAAAGAAAAUAAAAGGUGGCGCAGGCGCGGUCCACGAAGCAAAGAGGUCGGGGAGAAGUGUCCAUGACAGUGACAGGAAAGCGGUCGCUGCUCGUGAAGCAGUGAUCACUGAGAAGCACGCCGGAGUGGAAACAAAAUCGAGACGAAAUACGAAGUCGCAGAUGGGAAAUAACAAAUGGAUGCUUAUAAAAAAAUCGAAACGCCAAGCCUAUCCGUCCACGCCGCGCUCGCUGUUCAAACGGAACCUCGGGCCCGGGACGUACACUGCACAAAACGUUGCCGCAUUUGAAGUUUACCUCGACGUUCCUCAGACCACGCCUUUGAUUCCUCAGAUCCCGCAUGAGAAGAACGCAAUCCAAGUACAUAUAGCGCUGCCGCAGCACCAAAACUUAAAAAGGCAUUUGAACCCUUCUCAAGCAAUAUUCAGCGCCAAAAUGUCAGACCCUGUUAAUUUAGAGUACCAAGUGCCAGCUAUGGAUGACAAAGUAUUGACUACUGAGGGCGAUACUUAUUUAUCGCCAGGGUUGUACAUGGUAGUUGACAACUAUCUUCAUUCUGGAGUUAUUACGCUGAAGCCAGUGAUGUCAGAUGUACCUGUGCUGAAGGCUAGACAAGCCGUCGUUGAACCUUUAAAAAGUACAGCACCAAAAUGUGUCACUACAAAUAGUGUAAAAGAUUUGAAAAGAGUUACACUUAAUAAAGAUUUCAUAGCGGCUAUUAAUAAACAUUUGGUUCAAUUAUAUGAUAAUUUCACAUCUCUCAACAACGCAAAGAAGAAUAUUAAAAAAAAUAGUAUAAAUGAUGAAAAACCGGGCAAUAAAACCGACACAAAACGCACACGUCGUAAUAUAUGGCCUUCUAUGAAGGAAGUUUUUUUAGGUGAUCGUACGUGCAAUUGUCACUUCAAGGCCAAUCAUACAUUGUGCCCGGCAUGCGUCGCUACUGAUUCUGUUGUCGACGAAUUAAUUUUCGAAUUUAACAAUUUAGCCAGUUUCUUGAAUGAUCAUUGCACGGAGAUUCAAACAUUCUUUUGGAUGAAUCCUACCGGAGGCAAAAAGCUUUCGGAUUCAGUGCAUAGAUUGGACCGAAUGUUAAGUGAUUACUAUAAGCGAGUGAACAAAUGUCAAGGCAAAACGUGCCAGGCAUUUGCAAGCUAUCGCUCAGCCAGGCGAGCACUGAAUAAAGACACAGGCACAGGCUUACGACCUCAAGAUGUACAUACUAUCGCCAAUAAUUUAGCGAAUUUUUUUAAAUAUAGAAUACCUUAUGAUGAACGCUUGAAGAAAAACUGUCAGUAUCUUUUCGAUGUCGUCGACUAUUGUUUACCUGGCGUUCUUCGUGAAAACUCUGAAUCGAAACAAAGAAGAGCAAUAAGAAGUUUUCACCCAUUAAUAUCAUUUUUUAAAAAUAACGGCAAGACAAAAAGUAGUAGCCAAAAUUAUAAAAACCCUAAUUAUAAACGUGAAGAUCGUAAAUUAGACAUUUCAUCUAGCGCAGAAGAAUCAGCUUUAGGCGAUAGGGAUGACAACGAGGACAACGAUGGUAUGGAUACUCCGGAUGAGGAAGCAAGCCCGAUGGCAACUAUGGAUCCCACAUUAAACGCGCUCACUCACAACCUAAAUGAAUUAUUCGUAUUAUUUAAUAAUUUAAACGAGACAGACACAGACUCACUCCUUAAAUUAGAAUCCCAACUCCGUCAUAAUAAAAAAGAAGAAAAAAAUAAAAACAAGAAAAAGAAAAAAAAUAAAUUCAGUCUGUUCAAGAAAAGUAAACAUAAGAAAUUAAAGUCGCCUGCGUUUACGACUUCUGAAGCUGUGAGCGAGGCGAUGUUGUCACAAGAAACUGACAAAGCCACGACACGUGCACUCAGAGUGAUCGUGUCCAACUUGAAGGAGACGCGGCCUGCGCUGUACGUGAAGGUGGACACGAUCCCGUCGCCCGAGCUGAUAACCAGCGUGCCGGACUUCAUGCCGGCUACUCUAAAACCCAUGAAAGCGCAAGUCCAAGCCCAAGUUCCUCCAUGUCCUCAGUGUUCUUUGCCUCCGAUUCCAUCUAAAUCUGAGCCUUCGUCCGAGUCGGAUCAGGUGGACGUGACAAAACGGCCGACCAAGCUUAAAUCUGGCGAGUGCAUCAUAUUUGAGGAAGGCUGUGGUGACCAAAGCAAUUUCCUUCAUAAAAUUCAACAGUUAUUGGGCCGCUUAAUAAAUAAUACGAGGAGUAAUUUCGAUCAAAACUACAGUUACCACAAAGCCCGUGUAGCUAGGACACCAAAGUUUGAUGAAGGAGACAAUAAAAGAGCAAUUAAAACCUUAAUCAUUACUACAAAUCCACUAAUAAAUGAUAUUUUUAGUGCAGUCUCUAAUAACACACAAGCAAGUUCUGAUUACACGUCGAAGGGAACUAGAGUCGUGACUACCUUGCCAACUGACUCCGUGUCCUCGCAAACAUUUGGCCCUGAAUCCAGCACGCUAUCCAACCCCGAGUCCACCACGCUUUCAAGCCUCGAGUCGACGUUGUCUGCUUCCGAGUCUCCGGCGGCAUCGGCUUCCGAACCGACGGCGGCAUCAACUUCCGAGUCCACCACGCCAACUAAUUCCACACCGGGGGAAAUAUCUAAAUUUGGAAAUAAAAUAGAAGCAAUUUCUAAAUCGACGAAUAUUGACUCCGAUUUAGUAACAAAAUCUAAUUCUAUAACUGUUUCAACAAGAUGCCAUAAUGAUGAUCCAAUUUUUACGAGUCAAAAAUUACUAGCAGAUAUAGAGAACAUGGAAAAAAUUACUAGUCAUAAGGCCGAUGGAACAGAACGCGCUGAAGAUGUGAUCACCGUAGCUACGCCGACAGACUUUCCGACCAUCAUCAUUAUUGAUGAUGGGGCGAUGGACGUUGCUACUCCUAGUAGUAAUUUCGAACCAAGAGAGCUAUUACUGUCAAUCCUGUCGUUUGAGAAAAAUAGAUUAAACGAAGAGUUGCUCAAGGUGCGUGGAAGUAGAUCUGCGGCCAGAGGCCAGGGUGGGGAGGAAGGUGCGAAAGGAUUCAAAAUAUCCACCAGUUCGGGUUGCAAAUCUAGUGGACUCGAAGUAAAGAUCAAGCCAUGCCGUAUAAAACUCCCGGACAUUUCUGCAACCUGUGGCUAUGACAUCAUGGAAGAUAUUCAUAAGAUAGGGAGGAAGAUCUGCAAAAAAAUAAAGAAAAUCGGAAGAUCGGGUGACAUAUCGACAAUUAGCCCGGCAGAGGUGAAAUAUUCGACAUUGCAAAUGAAAGCAGAGAACAAGGUCAAGGUCAGUCACGAGACACAGAACGACGCGGAGAACAAGGCGCGAACUAGUCGCGAGACACAGAACGACGCGGAGAACAAGGCGCGAACCAGUCGCGAGACACAGAACGACGCGGAGAACAAGGCGCGAACCAGUCGCGAGACACAGAACGGCGCGGAAGAAAAGACGCGGGACAGUCGCAAGGUAGAAAAAGGAGGGUUCCAUAUAGAUUCGUGUCCAGGCCACAGGAAAUCCUUCAAAAUACAAAUCUGUGCAGGAAACAGGACGAUACAGGACGACGUGGGAGGGUUCAAGAUCGACACCUGUCCCGGCGGCUCCACUGGCUUCAAAGUUCAGUUCACUCCGACGCCUAAAAAAAAUAUUUGUUCUUGCAAUAAGAAGAAAGAUGGAUACGACCUUUUAAGGGAUCUUAAUAAAAUUAGGAUGAAGAUUGGUAAGAAACUGGGCAUGGAACCCUGCCUAAACACGGGGAGUGAUCUUCCAGAGAAGCGAGGCACCAAGUCCAAGGAAGCGGCGUGGCACAAGGUUCGGGCUUACCGGCGAGUGGGCGAAGAGGUCACUGAAACGACAAUGCGCAGCCUCGACACAAGCACUCUCGCUCAGAACAUAGACAAGAAAAUAAUUAAUACUAUACGUUAUGAUUUGAGAAGCUCCGCCACGUUGUCUACCGUGAUGGACAACUACGAUAUCAUCAAAGAAUUCGGAAAGUUGACGAAGAAGCUGAGCUGUGCUCUGGGCUGUAAGUCGAUGCCGGGCGACAUCAACGCGACGCCGGUCACAACAACAUUAACGCAUUCUAAGAAACAAAAGCCAAAACAGGAAAAGAAAGAAGGCAAGAAAGUUGGGAAAACUGAAAACACACCACCAACAGAUACGAGUACGGUAGAAAACGCGCCAGCAAGCACGCCAGAUAAGGCGCCAGUUAAAACAACUGACAAGACGACAUCAGACAAAAUGACAGAAGAUACGUCGAAGGACUCAUUACCGGCAGGUGAUACUACAGAGAAAUGCGUUGAGAGAAUGAAAGAAGUAGCAAAGAUAAAAGCCCUAGAUACACACACCCAUACCACAGCGGCUAAAACAAAAACGACAGUAAAUUCAAAACUAACAACCGAGAAAAAAGUAGUGAUGAAAACAACAGAUUUAAAGACCUUAGCGAGCAAAGACAACGACGAUGAUACAUUCGUAGCUUCAAAAGACCCCCUUCCAGUGAACAACAGGGACUCUGAAACGGGAGCCUACCUGUCAUAUCAAGACUCGCAAGCUGCAGGCGAGGAAGUAGAGGAUGCAGUCAUGCAAGACGAUGAUUACGAAGGCAAUACAGUACCAGACAAAGAAGCAAAGAUAACAGUAAAGGAGUCCAGGUCGACCAAAGCGGUGCAGACCACGACCGCGCCCAGCCAAACCAAUGCGGAGGUGAAGAAGAUAAAACAUGACCACCACAAAAAGGCCUGUGACGCCCAUUGCGUAUGCGACCUCUCGGGGACUAUCGAGCACAUGCUGUCACUGCGCCACUCUCUGUCUCUCAAGGACUUUGAACAAUACGUGCGGAGCCUCGACUGUUAUAGAUAUGCGAAAACGCCGAAAUAUUUCGUUGCUUCCCAAGAUAAUCCGUCGAAGAAAAAAAAAGUAGGUGGUGCUUCCCGAGACAAGCCACCAAACAAACAUAAACAAUGCGGUAUUGGCCCAAAUAAAGAGCCAAAGAAACACAAAAGUUAUAAUAAAAAUAAGUUAAAUUGGCGUUGGAUUACAAAUGGAAAAACAAGUGAUGGUGGUGAUGGCAAUGAAGAACCAAAAACAUUACAUAAAGAUACAAUUGAUAAUGUUUUGGUAAAUUUUCUUGUUGAUGAUGACUUUGAGAAGUUUUAUAAGGGAGAACAUGGGAUUUACAGAACUGAAGAAAGUAAGAGAAAAAGAAGGACCGUUGAUGAAAUGGAUUUGACUGAAGAGUUGACUGAUCUGCCGCCAUUGCAGUCGGGACCGAAUGAAGUUCUGACCAUGGACGGCGACUCCGUUGUGCUCGAAUGCAGCGAGCUUUUAGCCAGACAUGACGGUUCCGAUGAGGGCGUGACGUGGAGCUCCGAGCCAGACCAUCUGAUGCGGAGGCCCAACGUGAAGAUAGAGGGGAACGCACUCCACAUCGAUAACGUCCGAGGAAGCAACGCAGGCUCCUAUGUCUGUAAAGAGGGAGACCGGAUCCGCAGGAACGCCCAAGUGACUGUGCUGGCGCUGCCCACCUUCGUGAUCGUGGUGUCGCCCAUGUAUCUGAUACAAGAAAAAACCUGCACUUAUAAAGAUCUGAGAGCGAUACGAUCGCUGUCAUCUGCGAUGUCGCAGCUGGUCUGUCCUGGCGGACACUGCGCCGUCGCCGUGCACGAUCCGAACUGCCUUCGGGAUGUGAAUGACGGCUGCAUGUUGAUCCGCGCCAUCGCGUCGCUGAAGGUGGAGGUGCCGGACGUGGCGUGCGGCGCGAGCUGCAAGCGCGACCUCAUGACGCGACUGGUCCGGCUGGCUGUGGAGGACAUGCCCAAGAUGAUCAAUGUCGACGUGUUGAUACAGGGAGCUGCGAACAAGACGCUGCUGCCGAGCUCUAGAGUCGGGCCGUUCGCUGUGACGCGCAAGCUCAGCAGGAGAGGUAUCCCCAAGCGCCGCGGCCGAGAGCUGUCCCCGGGUAACGUAGACGUGACGGUGAGCUGCCAGCGCGGGUACCAGCUGCUGCCCAGGCUCAAGAUAUGCGUCGCGGAUAUUUCUUCCGCCGACAAGACGAAGAAAUACUGGAAAUCGAGUCGUCGACCGACGCGCAGGUACGAUUGGUGGUGGUACCCUCCGUGUGGGUACUGGGCGGCGGGCGCGGCGGCGGCGAGCGCGUGCGGCGCGUGCGCGCUGUGCGCGCUCGUCGCGCACGUGCUGGCGCGCGCCGAGCGCUGCGACUGGCCCGGUCCAUCCGGCCGGCAACCGUCGCCCCGUAUCUCCGUCGCGCGUCAUUCUCGCUCGACUUUUCAAACGGUCCCUCUCCGCUUUCAGACACACUGACUCGCAGGAGACCCGCGCGUACCCGUCGAAGCCGGUCCCGCCGCCGCUGCCGCCCAUAGACUUCGACUGACAUCUGCUUCACAUGAAGGUUUUACAGCCUGACCAUUUUUUGCCACUUUAGUGGUGGCGCUACUUACGUUCUAAGUAAGAAAUUUGCUUGCACAAUAGUUCGAGUUUGUACCACGCCCCAAAUGUUUCUUGUCAGCAAUUCUUCGUGCCCACGACGAAUAUAACCAAGGAGCGUGUAGCCAAAGGAGUUUACAAAUUGAAAGACAACGAGAAAAAGGAUCUGUGCACGAUGCGCUUAGCCAUUGAAUUUGAAUAAUGGACCGUGUUCCUCUAGAAAUAAGACAUGCUGCAGCAGUCAGUUUGUAUUUUUAAAAUUCUAGGUAUGUUAUUUGAAAAUAGUUCUACCUCUGGAAAUGAGAUGUGAAUUUAUUUGAAUCGACGUACCUAUUGUAAUGCGUCAUGCACAGAAACUGAAAUGUUCGGCGCGACCGUGUUUGAUAUUAUAUGUACUUAGUUUGGUAUGUAAGAGUAUACGUUCUUUUAGAUAUAGCGUUGGUUAAGAGGCCUCUAGUCGCUAUCUGUAUUUUCUAAGUGUUAUUUAUUGUGUAAUGUCGUAUUGUAAUAAAUGUAUUUAGUAUUUUAA